CCUAAAUCAGCUACUACCGUCACGAUGCUCUGCUAAUCUAUACCAUUAAUGCUGCUUUAUCAUGUCUAAUGGGCCGAAAUAUCUGCACAGUGACCCUUUACCUACUUGGCAGGACGACCACCAUGAGCGUAAUAGAAAGUGGGCGGCCACAGGGUCAACUUGAAGCUCACAGACAAGCGUCCACUUGGCAGUUAUCCCCUAAUUGCCGUAUACUUUCAAUUUUUUUUAAUUCAAUACUCAAUUUCCUUCAGGCAUGGGUUCUUGCCUCAUGGACAAAAAGACAUACUAUUGUUCGGGUCUGACGCUCUUCCCACAGGCCAUACAUGGCUUAGUCUGUCGAGGACGAUUUGAUGAAACACGGAACUUCGUGAAAAAGACCCAAGGCAGUAUGCAAGGACGUCUGUGAAACUACUCCCGGUGUGCACCACGAGUGAGUGUGAAGGUACCAGGGACUAACACACGACGUGAUGUCCGCUGCCAAAGGGAAACCCCUGUCCCUAACUCCGUGCACGAGUUCCUAAGGUCCCGGUGUUGUCCCGCCUCCGAAUUUUUUGUACAUGUCGUAAGACAUGUGUACCGCUCGCCUUCUAAAUUGAGGGCUUCCUGUGUCAUGUACCUGAUCUCUAGACUGAAUCGACGGUCUUAGUUAGUCUUAGG